AGUACAGACUUUCCUCCCAACGAGAGAUGUGUCAACUACGGAAGCAGCCGACGGCUUUGUUUUUGUUGUGGUUUCGUUUCUGUGUGGGUUGAAGAAAAAUGACGUAGUUGUACAUAAUUCACUGAUUUCGUAAGCUUUGUUUGCCUACGAGAGCUCAAGGCUUGCUCUGAAGCUUUUUUGUUUCAUUAUGCACCAAUAAAAGUUACCGUUAAGUGUGAAGAUUCAGAGAAAAUGAUGGACGACGAGCAUGGUUUAAUCGAGGACCGGAAUAAAAGCAAGUUUAGAAUUACAGUUGAACCUGUUGGAUUUUUAUUCGUCGUCGCCUCCAUCAUUCAAGCUAUCGUGAUUCAAAAUUUGUACCUCAACAAAACUUGUGUUGUGAAUUUUCAGCUCAAUUUAACUGAUUGUAGCACUCAUAAUCAUACCGUUGAAAGUGAUUCUGAUCACGCAACAGAAAUCCAAAAAUAUGUCAGCAACCUAAACAUUUAUGGUUCUCUCAUUGAAAAUGUACCAUCCAUAAUAAUGGUUUUGUUUCUCGGACCGUGGAGCGAAAGAAAUGGAAGAAAACUGCCCAUGAUUAUUCCACUCAUAGGCCACAUAUGUUCCGUUUCCAUGUACAUAUUAAACUACUAUUUCACAUCAUGGCCAGCAGAAUACAUAUUGUUUGCAAGUAUACCAUUAGGCUUGUGUGGAGGAACUGCCACUUUGUUGAUGGCAUUAAACAGUUACAUUGCCGACAUCACUACCUCGCAUACCAGGACAUCACGCAUUUCAAUUUUGUACGGCUGUAUGGCGAUUUCGUUCCCAGUGGCCAACUUCGUCAGUAUUUACAUUUACACUUAUGGCGGUUUUUUCGCAAUUUGGGGAACGUCUUUGGGAUUGGGUGUAACCACCCUUUGUUACAUCAUCUUUUUCAUCAAAGACUCACGCGGGCACGAAUCAGCAGAAAACCAAAUAGGAAAUAUUUAUUCACCCGUUGUUGACUACAGCCAAGAAAGCGAAGAAUUUUCUAAUUCAGGCACCACCGGUUGCCGUUGUGAUUCGGUUGCCUUUAACCUAUGGGAAUGUUUCGCUGUGACAUUUCAGCCACGCAACGGAUACAAAAGAGCCUGUUUAUCCAUUCUUUUGGCCGCAAUGUGUGUUUUUGUUUACCAAAUACCAGGAUCCGUUACGUACCUCUACGCCAGAAAGCUAUUUGAUUGGGAUCAACCACAGUUUGCCUUGUUUUCAACCAUUUCUAGCUUGACAGCUGUUAUCGGAAGCCUUAUUUUUCUGCCUCUCCUGAGUUCCUAUUUCGAAGUUCGUGAUGUCGUCAUUGGUAUUUUUGCUAUUUUGGGAAAUAUAGCAGGUAAUUUGACGAUUGCCUUUGCCGUAUCUCCUUUGAUGCUCUAUUUGGCCUCUUUUGGGUUCGUGUUGACUGCUAGCAUCGGAGUGGUGAUUCGUUCGAUGCUUUCCAAGCUCGUGCUCAGUGAUGAAUUGAGCCACGUCUACUCGGUGUUGGCCUCUUUGGAGUCCUUGGUGCCUUUAGUUUCGACUUUCACUUAUAAUUUGAUUUAUAAAGCGACUAUCGAAUUCUUUCCCGGUUGUGUUUUCGUCGUUUUCAGCGGCUUCCUCGUCGUACUUUUAAUACUGCUCUUGGUUGUCUUGCUGCUGCAAUGGAAGGAAAAGAACGAUCCGGUGCUUUAUAGCAGUCCAGAAAAUCCCAGUAUAAAUGAAGCGGAUCAAACUUCCUAAACUUCAUCCGUCUUCGUCCACAUAGCCUAAUAACUCUAGUUGGAUUUAAUAUAUAUUUUGGAUGACUUACAUAUCUACUCACUAUCCAGUGAUAUCUUGUAGAAACAAGGUACUAGUAAAAUUUAUAUUUAAAAAUAUUGAAAGUUCAAAAUUUGGUGAACUAUAAAUUGUGUAUACAUUUACAUUAUUAUCAUCACACUUUCAAUAAAUUUGUUUCGAUGCGGAA